UUUAAUGAGAAAAGUAGCAUCAUUCAAGUAGGUAGUUGGGAGGGGACUGACCUUUUGAAUCAAGGCCAAGGAUACGGUCACCUAACUGGAGUACAACAGAUUUAUUUAGCCACAGGCAGACCACAUUUUCUUUCCCAGGGUAGUUAAGUCAGAAGGUUUGCCUCCCUUGCUUACAAAGGGAGGAAAUACUUCCUCUGCUCGGGACAGCUGCAAUCAGUUCUCCCAGCCAAAUCAUUAAACCUGAAGGAUCCUGAGCCCGGAGCCCAGAAGAGAGGGCUACCCGCUUCCAGCCUCCCAGCCUCCCCACCACUCCAGCACCCACACCUUUCAAGGUUUUCCUACUCUCCACCUACAAGGCCACCAUGGAAAUCUCAAAGGAAGCAUUAUAUGAAGAAUUUGAGAACUAUUCCUAUACGGUAGAAUAUUACUCCCAGGAGUCUGAUUCAGAGGAGACGCUGCACCUGGGAAUCAUUCACUGGAUCUCCCUGCUGUUACAUGUCCUAGCAUUUGUUCUGGGAAUUCCAGGAAACGCCAUUGUCAUUUGGUUCAUGGGAUUCAAGUGGAAGAAGACAGUCACUACUCUCUGGUUCCUCAAUCUGGCCAUUGCAGAUUUCGUUUUUGUGCUCUUCCUGCCUCUCUAUGUCUCCUACAUGGCCUUGAAUUUCCACUGGCCCUUUGGCCUGUGGCUUUGCAAGGCUAACUCCUUCAUUGCCCAGCUGAACAUGUUUUCUAGUGUUUUCUUCUUGACAGUGAUCAGCCUGGAUCACUAUUUCCGCUUGAUCCAUCCUGUCUUGUCUCAUCGGCACCGAACCCUGAAGAACUCACUGGGCGUUGUUAUAUUUGUCUGGCUUUCGGCUUCUCUGCUUGGAGGGCCUGUCCUGUACUUCCGGGACACUGUGGAGGUCAAUAACCACAUUAUUUGUUAUAACAAUUUCCAGGAGCAUGACCCUGCCCUCACCUUGGUAAGACACCAUGUUCUGACCUGGGUCAAGUUCCUUUUUGGCUACCUCUUCCCUCUGCUGACAAUGAGCUUGUGCUACUUGUGUCUCAUCUUCAAGGCAAAGAAGCAAAACAUUCCCAUGUCCAGUAAGCAUUUUUGGACAAUCCUCUCUGUGGUCAUUGCCUUCAUGGUCUGCUGGACUCCUUAUCACCUGUUUAGCAUUUGGGAACUCAGCGUCUACCACAACAGCUCUUUCCAUCACAUCCUGCAGAGCGGGGUCCCUCUCUCUACUGGCUUGGCAUUCCUCAAUAGCUGCUUGAACCCCAUCCUUUACGUUCUAAUUAGCAAGAAGUUCCAAGCUCACUUCCGGGCCUCUGUUGCUGAGGUACUCAAGCAUUCUCUGUGGGAAGUCAGCUGUCCUGGCACAGUGAGCGAACAGCUCAGGAGCGCUGAAACCAAGAGCUUGUCUCCCCCAGAAACAGCCCACUGAGUCCUGUGUUCCCGGAAAUCAGCAUGGUGUCUUCACGGGAUCCCCGUGACAAAUCCUGUCAGAUGAAGCUUCAUUCUGAUCUAAA